AAAACGAAGAAGAAGAAAACAUUUGGAAGAAGAAGAAGGCCACGACGAGUAGCGAGCGAGCUGUGACAGUAAACACAAUCUUAUAUUAAGCAUUGGUUGUCAAGGCGAUAACGCUUUGGUAUUGGCUUUAAGAAGCCCUUCAUGCUCUUAGUGGUCCAAAAUCGCAGUCCCGAAAAAGGCGGAGGUUUCGUUAAAUCGGUGAAAAUGAUGGAGAUGGGUGAUCAGUUGGAGGUAACAAUGUUACAGUCCGAAGAAACUAGUGCAAAGAGGGGCCGAUUCGAGUUUGAAAACUUGCCUGAAUGUGAGUCUGGUCCUUCCACUAGUGGCUAUUCAUCCAAAAGGACAUGUUUGGAAAAUGGAUUAUUGAAAAGAGUGGAGGUGUCUUUGGUUCGGCUUCCCGAUCACAAGAUCAGUGCUCUUCGACCGCCGACGCCGUCGCAGUUUUACAGCGAGGAUGAAUCUCAGAGCAGUUCCGAUUCUGAAUUGGAACAGGAUGACGAAUCCAGCGAUUCCGAUAAUGCGUCGGCCAAGAAAUCGAAGGGUAAAAAAAAAAAACAAGUCAACAAUAUUAAUCACACACCCAUCAUUGAUUCUUCAGCGUUUGCCUAUGUGCCUCAAGAAGCAACAAAAAUCCGCCCUGAUCUCCCCGAGGAGGAAGUCACCGUCGGGUCGACCGUACUGGCCAGGAAGAAGAACUUGAAGUGGCAACGGGGGCAGAUUGUGGAGGUUGUUACCAAAGAAGAUGGCCGGCUGAAGUACAAGAUUAUGUUUGAAGAAAAGGGAAGGAGCCUAGUCUCAGGACACCACAUUGCUUUUGAGGUCACGCCGAGGCUGGAGCAGGUGUACGUCGGCGCUCGUGUGGUCGUCAACUGUCAGGAGGAUACCACUCAGUUCCGAGCUGGUAUCUUGGCAGAGCUCCCUACCAGAAAGAACCGCCUGAGGUUUUUGGUGUUCCUGGAUAACCACAGACCCAUCUAUGUUGGCUUAACAUUAUUUUACCUCGUGUGCAGACCAUUACCAGACCCCACAGAGGACAUUCAAGACGAGGCUCACCAGCGUUUUAUGAGGCAGUACCUAAGGGACUGGCCGUACCCUCAUUUAACCCAAUACAAGCCUGGCCAGAACGCCUCGGUGGAGUUUAACGGAACCCUGCAGAGGUGCAAGGUAGAGAUGGUCGACUCCAGCUUGAUAAUGGCAGUUUCCGAGUGUAAUCAGCACAAAGAAUGGAUCCAUCGAGGCUCCAUACGGCUGUCCCAUAUGCCGAGGUUUUUGGAAAUGAGGAGAAGAGAAGCUGAGGCGGCUCAACAGUAAUGUGACUCCAGUUACAAGUCCAUCAUUGUAAUAAGACUUCACCUUUCUCCAGAAAGGCGGACUUUUUAAUCUAGCUUUUAGUUCGAGUUCUCUUCAGUGAAUUGUACAAAGGAGUGUGCUCAUUCUUGGGUGGAUUCCUUUUAUUUCCAAUUUACUAUACAAACGAUUAAAAACAGCUUGUUUUUUUUUUC